AUGAAUCAGAAUUUGGCAGCAGACUCACAACAUCUCACAGCCGAGAAAUAUGAGCAUCUUACAGCCGAGAAAUAUGAGCAUCUCACAGCCGAGAAAUAUGAGCAUCUCACAGCCGAGAAAUAUGAGCAUCUCACUGCCGAGAAAUAUGAGCAUCUCACUGCCGAGAAAUAUGAGCAUCUCACAGCCGAGAAAUAUGAGCAUCUCACAGCCGAGAUAUAUGAGCAUCUCACAGCCGAGAAAUAUGAGCAUCUCACAGCCGAGAAAUAUGAACAUCUCACAGCCGAGAAAUAUGAGCAUCUCACUGCCGAGAAAUAUGAGCAUCUCACUGCCGAGAAAUAUGAGCAUCUCACAGCCGAGAAAUAUGAGCAUCUCACAGCCAAGAAAUAG